UUUUCACGUUUUCCUAGCACUGCAUUAUUCUCUGCUCUUCCAAAUGAAGUAUUCCUAAAUUUUCCAGACAACGGCACGAUAGGAAAUCUGUAUAAUGAUUGACCGCCGCCAUAAUAAUGAUAUCAUCGGUUAUGCAUACGCGCUCACGGUGACUGUUGGUGGAGCAAUCGGCUACCUGAAGGCAGGAAGUCUACCCUCCCUUGGUGCUGGCAUUGUGUUCGGUACCGCCCUUUGCUACGGCGCGUAUCAGCUCAGCGAGAACCCAAAGAAUUACCAGCUCAGCCUAGGCACCUCCAUCCUGCUGGGGGCCUUCAUGGGCGCCAGGUUCUACAAUAGUGGCAAAUUUAUGCCUGCCGGUCUCAUCACUACGCUCAGUUUGCUGAACGUUGGGAGACUUGGUGCCCGCGCCAUGGGGUGGCUGCCUGACUCUCGGUUCUGAGCCUUUCAGGUCAACUUGAACCACUUUACGAACAUGAGUAGUUUUCUCGACAUUUUUAUUCAUGUUUCAUGAGACUUGCUUCUUGGCGAAUUAUUCGCCACUUGUUCAUCGAACUAAAUGGUGAGGUUCGAGUCAACUUCAGUAGGUUAUUAACCCUAGUGACGUCAUAGGCGUAGUUUUUCUAGGAGCCACUUGCACAAUGGCUCAUAACGAGCUCAAAAUUGGCCUCGUAUGCUCCCGUUAUUUGUGUUGAGGUUCAAACGCACUAUUUUUUAAAGGUUAGAUUUGUGCACAAAUAUUCGUGGUCUAUGUUAUUCGUCAUACAUUUCUUGAAGUUAUAAUUUCUCUGAUGGCCCGUUCCGUCUAAUCUUUAAUAAAAACUUUGAUACUGUU